UAAUCGGUAUACAGUAUCAAGUCCAUUAGUUGCAAAUAAGCCACCGCUGCCAGCGGGGCGAAAUACCCAUAUCGCCAUCAUAGUCCCCCCUCGAGAUGACCUAACACAAUCGAUGAUAACCAACGGAUUGCGGCACGGCGCUGGCGAUAGGAGAGAGCAAGCCAGGAGAGAAAAAAAAAACACCACCCCCACUACGACAGACCGAUAGACCGAUAAGUAGUACCUCUCCUCUCAGCUCACUCCAUAGCAGCCCACCAUCAUCCGAAACACCUCAUCUCUCAACAACCCGCCCAUCCCAACUCCCCAAUUCCGACCCAUUGCUUGGUUGCGACUGGGAUAAAAUCACGCAGCGCCCCCGAAUCCAUCGGCAUCCCUGCUCCUCUCCCCGGUCCUCUCUUUAUUUUCGUCCACACGUCUGCCCAACCUACACCUUCUUCCUCUCUCCGGAGCAGCAUUCAGAGACGAACAAUCUCGCCCGCACCCGCACCUGCGCAUACACACAACAUACACCUUCAUAGAGACCCCAAGCAACCAUGACGACGCCAACGCAGAAGGCCUGCCUCAUCGUGAUUGACGGCUGGGGCAUCCCCUCUGCCGAGUCUCCCAAAGAUGGCGACGCCAUUGCUGCCGCCAAGACCCCCGUCAUGGACGAGCUCUCCAAGAGCCCGACCGGUUACACUGAGCUCGAAGCCUCCUCGCUUGCCGUCGGCCUUCCCGAGGGGCUCAUGGGCAACUCUGAGGUUGGUCACUUAAACAUCGGAGCCGGGCGAGUUGUAUGGCAAGACGUCGUCCGCAUCGACCAGACUAUCAAGAAGGGCGAGCUUCCCAACAAUGAGGUCAUCAAGAACGUCCUGCUGAGGGCGAAGAACGGGAAUGGAAGACUCCACUUGUGUGGUCUUGUUUCCCACGGGGGUGUCCACUCGAAACAAACACACCUAUACGCCCUGCUGAAGGCUGCCAAAGCUGCCGGUGUUCCUAAAGUUUUUAUCCACUUUUUCGGUGACGGCCGUGACACCGACCCUAAGUCCGGGGCAGGCUAUAUGCAGGAGCUCAUUGAUACGGCCAAGGAGAUCGGCGUUGGCGAGAUUGCUACUGUCGUAGGCCGAUAUUACGCCAUGGAUCGGGACAAGCGGUGGGACAGGGUUGAGGUUGCGUUGAAGGGCCUCAUCCUGGGCGAGGGAGAGCAGAGCUCGGAUCCCGUCCAGACCAUCAAGGAACGAUACGAGAAGGGCGAGAAUGACGAGUUCCUCAAGCCCAUCAUCGUAAACGGUCAGGAAGGCCGGAUCAGGGAUGGCGACGAAGUCUUCUUCUUCAACUACCGGUCUGACCGUGCCCGACAGAUCACGCAACUGCUUGGUGAUGUCGACCGCUCCCCCAAACCCGACUUCCCCUACCCCAAGAUUAACCUCGUAACCAUGACCCAAUACAAGGUGGGUUACCCAUUCGAGAUCGCAUUCGAGCCUCAGCGUAUGGAUAACGUGCUCGCCGAGUGGCUGGGCAAGCAGGGGGUCAAGCAGGUCCACAUUGCCGAGACCGAGAAGUAUGCCCAUGUUACGUUCUUCUUCAACGGCGGUGUCGAGAAGGUCUUCGCCCUGGAGACCCGAGACGAAUCUCAAGACCUCGUGCCAUCGAACAAGAGCGUCCCCACUUACGACAAGGCGCCAGAGAUGAGCGCCGACGGCGUGGCUAAGCAGGUCGUCAAGCGGCUCGGCGAACAGCAGUUCCCGUUCGUCAUGAACAACUUUGCCCCGCCAGAUAUGGUGGGCCACACGGGCGUGUACGAGGCCGCAAUUGUCGGGUGCGAGGCAACGGACAAGGCUAUCGGCUUGAUCCGUGACGCCUGUAAGAAGGAAGGCUACAUCCUGUUCAUCACCGCUGACCACGGCAAUGCCGAGGAGAUGAAAUUUCCCGACGGCAAGCCUAAGACCUCGCACACGACCAACAAGGUCCCAUUCAUCAUGGACAACGCACCCAGCGGGUGGUCUCUAAAGAAAGGGGCCGGCGUUCUGGGAGACGUCGCUCCAACGAUUCUGACGGCCAUGGGCUUACCAGUUCCCGAGGAUAUGACGGGCAAUAAUCUUCUGGUUGUGGCGUAGAGGGUGUAGGGGCCUAGGUAGAAAUGGGUACGUAGGAACAUCAGGCGUGGUUGGGACAAGGGUGCUAAAGGGAGAGGGCAUAAUUAGAGGUUACUACAGGAGUCGUAGAGAUACCAACCAUACAGAUGAAAAGAUGUGCUUUAUAACGAACCUGCCUUUCUUAUGCGCAUCCCGUGUCCAUCAUUUUACUAGGAACGUACCUACCUAAUUAAAACACGGAUCUG